GUCACGUGACAUCCCCUUGGCAACGCAAGAUGGCGGCGCCCAUGUUGCUUCCCGAGUCCCCUCUGGGGAAGUUGAGCCAUCAAAAAUACAGAGCUAUUCUGAAGAAAGAAAAGCGAAAAAAAAAGCGGCAGGCUCUUGCCAAGCUAAGAGACUCAGAAGCUACAGAAAAAGAUGAGUCAGUAUCUGAGGAGGAAGAGGACGAAGUGGAAGAAGAAGAGGAGGAAGAAGAAGAAGAAAAAAAACUUGAGGCAGAAAGACAAAAACUUCAUGAACAGUGGUUGCUGAGAGAAGAAAAGGCUCAAGAAGAGUUCAAGCUGAAAAAAGAAAAAGAAGAGGCUGCAAGAAAACGCCAAGAAGAAGAAGAGGUGAUGUAUAAACUGAAUGUUACAGUUCUGUCUGGCAGCAACAUAGGGUAGAAUUAAUGUAAUAUAUUUUGCUACUGUAGUGGACUCAGUUUUCUUUAUGUUCAUUUGUUUGAAAGUAGGAAGAUCAAAGAAGAAUGGGAAGAGCAGCAAAGAAAAGAGAGAGAAGUGGCACAGCAGAAGCAACAAGAGAAGAGAGAGAGAGAGGCAGCUGUGCAGAGGAUGCUGGAUCAAGCUGAAAGCCAGCUGGAAAAUGGUGUGACCUGGCAUAACCCAGAGCCCCCAGAAAAUAUAGGAACAGAGAAGGACAGAGCCAAUUGUCCUUUCUAUAUAAAAACAGGUUCCUGCCGAUUUGGAGACAGGUGUUCUCGCAAGCAUAACUACCCAACAUCAAGUAAGACACUGCUUGUCCGGGGCAUGUUCAUUACUUUUGGCAUGGAGCAGUGCCGGAGGGACGACUACGACACAGACGCCAGUCUGGAGUACAGUGAUGAGGAGACCUAUCAGCAGUUCCUGGAGUUCUAUGAGGAUGUACUCCCCGAGUUUCAGAAUGUGGGGAAGGUUGUUCAGUUCAAGGUCAGCUGCAACUAUGAGCCUCACCUACGGGGAAAUGUGUAUGUUCAGUAUCAGUCGGAAAAAGACUGUCAGGCAGCUCUUGCUCUGUUCAGUGGACGAUGGUAUGCAGGGCGACAACUUCAUUGUGAAUUUUGUCCUGUGACAAGGUGGAAAACUGCUAUAUGUGGCUUAUUUGAAAGGCAGAAGUGUCCAAGAGGGAAACACUGCAACUUUCUUCACGUAUUCAAAAAUCCAAACAACGAGUUUUGGGAGGCCAACAGAGACAUACGCAGUUCUCCUGAACGGACUAAUCAGUUGUCUAAAAACUCUGAAAGGAGAAACAGAACAAGCCAUCGCGAUGACUAUUACAGCCGGUCGAGGAGAAGGGGCAGCCCCAGCCCAGAUCAUUCUUACCGGAGAAACGGAGAAUCCGAGAGGAAAAAGAACCGGCGGAAGAGCAAGAAAAGGCACCGGUCCGGCAGGUCACGGAGUCGAGAAAGGAGGAGGUCUCACAGCAGGGGGAGGAAGAGGAGAGGCCGCAGCCGCAGCCGAAGUCACAGUCGAACACGCAGCAGGAGCAGAAGUCGCAGCUCCUCUCGAUCCAGGAGCAGGGGUAAAAAGAGAUCGAGCAGCAGAGGGAAAAGUAGUGAAACUCCCAAAACAAAGUGAGAAUCACUUUUAGAGGUUGCUAAUUGAGCAAACGUAGAGCUGACAAAGAAAUCUUUCCAGUAGGGCACCGGAUACAUUUGAAGUUCAAAUAAAGUGUUCUUGCACAUUAUAAUGUUUCUUCCUAAUAAAGGAACCUAGUUUAUUGUGUGCUAAGCUUCAGAAAAUUUUAAAUCCUACAUAAGGUGUGAAUGUCAAGUACUCCAGCUACUCUGUCCCCCUGAACUGCUGCAACAUCUGGAUGCAUACUGAGUACAAAUAGAAAGAGAAGUAAAGCUCAUUUGGUAUAUGCUUAUUUCGUGUUACGUGUGUGUUAAGUGUUCACUGUCCUUGUAAGGAGUUAGUACAGAACAGUCAGUGUGCUUUCUGUGUGCUGUUAAGUCACACCACAGCAUACUGAAAAUUCAAGUCUGUAGAAGACUGUCACUUAUACUUUCUGUCUCUUUAUGGGAAAUCUCUUUCUAGACAAAGUAAAUAUAACUGUUCUGAAUUAGAGAAAAGGGACCUAAAAGGGAUCCACUGUUGGAUUGUACAAUGCAUUCCCAGAGCUUUGUGGUCAUAAGUGUUGGAUUUUUCUCUCUAGACUGAGCUGCUGAGCUAAUUGCCUGUAGGGAUUGCAGUAGACUAAAACCAAGUAGGAAAUACACAGAAAAACAAUCAAUUUAUUCAGUACUGUAAUCCUUAUGAGUAGUGAGUCCAUGCACUUUUAAUCCUCGACUGAGGAUAGAAAAUGCUUUGCAUACCUUUUGGUUGCAUACCAUUUGUAGUUGAAAACAACCUGCCUAACCUGUGAUGGAGUGGUAGAAAAGUGUGUACCUGGUAACUGAGGAUUGUAUAUGUGUAGUUGUGACAGCUCAAGAUGGUUGCAGAGUGGCUAAAGAAACUGAAGAUACAAUCCCUGAAGCAAUACUUCAGGUGUUUUUUUGGAGAGGAGGACUUGACUUAAAGCCAUUUUAAGGUUUUUGUGGUUUUUUUUUUUUUUACAAACAGUUUAAGGCAUGUUACUGCCUAGCUUCCCUCUGGUCAAAGUGGAGAGUAGGG